AUGUCUAUCAUCAUGUACUCCCACUAUGUCAACUCUCUGAUGGACGCCGAGACGUAUCCCCGUCUGCCACGAGGUCUAUACAUCUCGUCUGUCUUGGCAUCGCUCUACCUCAUCGUCGCUGUGUACUUUCGAUGGCGCGAGCUACAAAAGGCAUCCAUCAAGAUCGGGUCCAACAGACAUGGUGAUGCAAAAGUCUUGCUCAAUUCAGCCUUGAUUGUCGCCCAAUCUUGUAUUGUGGGCAUAUCUGCGUCCGGACCACUAAAGCUCAACCUUGCUGUGUCGGAAGCAAUCCACCUUGUUGCAAUUAUUGCUCUCUCAAUCUUAUCGCCUCGGGAACAUGACCGCUCGGUAGGGCCAUCGACAUUGCUGGUUGUUUAUCUAUCUGUUAGAACAACGACGAGUAUCUUUAUCCUACCUUUUAUGCGAGGAAAAUUGCCUUUGAUAGUUGUUGCACUGAAAGCAUUCCUGGAGGCAGCAGAUCUCGUCGUCGAGUCUCGGAGCAAAAGGGGCUUCCUAUUAGCAGAAUACCAGGACAUAGCACCUGAAGAUGCAUCCGGACCUUGGAGCAAAGUAAGCUUUGCUUGGAUCAACCCAUUGCUGUUUGUACAACAAACCCUUACAUUUUCACUCUGGUCGUUGCCUCAAGCCCCUCGCCGACUCGACCCUGCACUCUUGCGUCAGAAGAUCCUGGAAGCAUGGGACCAGCGAGCAAAGCCAGAAGGACAAUUGACGUUGCCUCUUACUCUACUACAGUGUCUCUUGCCAGAUUUCGUAACCAUCGCACCUACAAGACUUUUGCUCAUUGUGUUCCGAUAUGCUCAACCUCUUCUGAUAAGCAAAAUUUUGCAGCUGCUCGCCGCCAAUGCCUUGGCUAUCGUCUCGUCAAGAUACCAGCACCAGCUCAACCGUCUCAAGGUCAUGACUAGAGCCGCACUCGUCGGACUCAUCUACGACAAGACCAUCAAUCUGCCCUCAGCUGCGUACAAAGACUACAGUGCUGUCACCCUCAUGAGCACUGACACUGAUGCUCUCGGCAACGUCAGUGGAUUGUUUCACGAGGCUUGGGCUCAGGUGCUGGAAGUUAUAGUCGGCAUGAUCCUGCUGGCCCAACAUAUCGGAUGGUUUUGUCUUGUUUCCCUGCCACUAAUAUAUAGCUGCUCGCAUAUGACUCGAUACGUCGCACCAAAUCUGCGACCUAGACAACACGCAUGGAACCAAGCUACUCAAGACCGAAUAAACAAUAUCGUCACCACGAUUGGUAGAAUCAAGCUCAUCAAAAUGAUUGGUCUGGCAGAAUUCAUCGAGACUCGGAUCAGCGAUCUAAGGCGAUCAGAGAUUGAUGCUUCGAAAGACAUGCGAUGGGUGUCUGUACUCGCAAACACCAGUGCAAAUGCGCUUGGACUCUUCACUCCUCCAAUCACCAUAGUUCUGUUCGCGGCGCUGAGCAAGUCGAGACUCGACGCUGAGACGGCUUACACGACAUUAGCAAUCUUGGUGAUGGUAACACAUCCGGCUAACAUGAUCAUGACCAUCGUGCCUAGAGCAAUAGCAUCUCUGGCCAGUUUCCAAAGGAUCCAAAGUUUUAUCGCCAAACCUGGUCAUCACGAUACUCGCCUUUUGCUUGGGCGAUCAGAAACUGCGAUCGAGUUCGACAAUGUCGAUCUGAAAUUGACAGACGCUACGGAAGCUAUACUGGAAGAUGUCAAUUUACGCAUCAGCAAAGGAUCUAUUGUCAUAUGCACUGGUCCAACUGGAGUAGGAAAGAGCUUGCUUGGCCUAACAAUUGCAGGAGAGGUGCGGCCCUCGGGAGGGUCGAUAUCUGUAAUCAGCAAGCAGACCGCGCUAUGCGCUCAAUCGCCAUGGCUUUCUGGACAGAGCGUUCCAGAGAUCAUCAGGGGUACCCCUAGAACAUCUGAAGUAUACGAUGAUGCUUGGUAUCAGAGAGUUGUCGACGCUUGCUGCAUAGACGAAGCCAUGCAUCACAAUCUCGCCCCGAAGAGGGGUAGAAACGGUUCUGCGAGUCUCUCAGGCGGUCAGAAACAAAGAAUCUCACUAGCCCGUGCUGUAUAUCAGCGAUGUGAAAUUCUGAUCCUCGACGAUCCAUUUUCCGCCCUCGAUCAACGCACUCAAGACAGCGUAAUCAAUAACCUCAUUGGACCUGCUGGUCUGCUCAGGGAGUCACAUACGACUGUGUUUCUGACCACGAAUGCUACGAGGGCAUACUUCCUUGCAGAUAGGAUCCUUCUCUUGGGUCAACGUCAAAUCGAAUUCGAUGGUGACUCGGACGGCUUGCGAUCGCAUCUUAGCAUGACACGUCUGGCUCUUCACGAGUAUGGGAAGACUGAGAUCCAUAAUGAAAAGACACAAUCUUCGCUUGUCACAGAGCAGAAGCUUGCUACCAUAGACAAUGAGCUUGAUGUCGACAGAAGACCUGGAGACAUGUCAGUCUAUGGGUACUAUCUACGAUCAGUCGGUAUCUCCAACAUGCUUGCUCUCUUAGUAUGUACGGCAUUGUACUCCUUCUUUUCAAUCUUCCCUCAAUACUGGUUGAAGUGGUGGACUGAAGCAGGGACCACGAACGACACCUUCUACACAUUCGGCUAUCUAGCCCUUUCCACCAUCGCUUGGAUCUCUACCAGCGCACAGAUGUGGGUCAACUUUAUGAAGCUUGCUCCAAGGUCUGGGAAAGUUCUCCAUGCCAGUCUCUUGAGCACUGUGCUAGAAGCACCCUUAUCUUGGUUCCUGAACAACGAUACCGGAGCAAUCGUCAAUAGGUUCAGUCAAGAUAUCGAAGUGAUUGAUAGAGACCUUCCUUCGGCAUUGGCUGCAUUGUGUACUCAGAUCUUCAAGCUUCUGAUGCAGUGCUCGCUUCUUCUUGCAAGCCAGAAGCUACUGAUUUUUGCCCUGCCAAUCUACUCAAUCGCCGUUUAUGUGAUUCAAAGGGUAUAUCUACGUACUUCGCGACAGCUCAGAUAUCUGGAGCUAGAAUCUAGAUCUGCAGUCUACUCGAGCUUUCUAGAGACGGUCGAGGGAUUAACCACCAUCAGAGCUUUUGGAUGGCAGAAAGAUCAUCUGGCUCGGAACACCGAAAGUCUGGAUCUCUCGCAGCGGGCAUUCUACCUUUUUCUUUGCCUACAACGUUGGUUAAAUGUUGUUCUUGACUUGGCUGUUGCUGUGGUUGCCAUUGUGGUCAUCGGUCUUGCAGUCUUCUACACUGGCGAGAAGUCAAGUGCUGAUGUGGGUAUUGCACUCAAUAUUGUCUUGGUUGCCAAUACGACUUUGUUGAGAUUGGUGGAGUCGUGGACGACAUUGGAGGUUUCUGUCGGUGCUGCUGCGAGGUUGAAGGAAUUGGAAGACACGGUGCCAAAGGAGGACAACCUUGCUGUUGACAUUGUCGUUCCAUCCAAUUGGCCGUCUGCAGGAGCACUUACACUCAAGAAUGUGCGAGUAUGUUACGGCCCUCAUACGGUCCUCAACAACAUCAAUCUCGCCAUCCCAUCCGGCGAAAAAGUCUUCAUCUGCGGCAAAACAGGCAGUGGAAAAAGCACACUCCUAAUGGCACUCUUGAAACUCUGCAUCAUCCAAACCGGUUCCAUCUUCAUCGACGACAAGGAAAUCACAAACGCAUCGCCUUCCCUCUUGCGAUCUCGCUGUUUCAUCGCUGUACCUCAAGAAUCAUUCCAUCUUCCCUCUGUCUCUUUACGGAAGGAUCUCGAUCCCUACGCUAGACAUUCUGAUGCAGAGCUUUUGAAUGUAUUGGAGCUUUUGCAUUUGACUUCUCAUUUUACACUGUACCCAGACACUUCCACUUCUACCCUUACAUCGCCCCUGGACCUGCCUCUGUCGUUCUUCCCACCCCUCUCAUCCGGAAAAUCACAAUUGCUAUCUCUAGCCCGCGCAGUGCUACAAGUAAACAAUGCUAUCAGGAACGGCAGGAAACCGAUCAUCCUCCUAGAUGAAGCAGCAGCAUCUCUAGAUGCAGAAUUACAAGAGUUGUGUGCUAGAGUUGUAGAGGAGCAGUUUUCGCAAAGAGGAUUCACUGUAUUGAUGAUCACACAUAGUGUCAAAGAUCUAGGGGAGAGGGUGAGGAAGGGUAGGGAUAUGGUUCUUAGAGUUGACGGUGGUGGUGUAGAAGUGAUUGGCUAA